GCCAAUGAAUCUCAAAACGUAGUCGUUUUAACCAAUCAAGGCAGUAGGACGACGUCGUAUUAUUGAUCCGAGAAAUUCUCACCGAACAGAGUAGGAAGCGAAACAAAUACUUGUAAAUGGAGUUUCCUUGUGAAUCCAAACUUUGUUCAAUUGAUUAGAAAAAACCUAAGCAGUUUCCUCUUCCCACGAAAAUACCCUUCUUAUCUUUCCCUUUAAAUAGGCAGAAAUUGAUCACAAACCCUUUUCAAUUAUUCGAUUUUCUUCUCUUUUGAUAGAGAUCAAAGUUUCAGUCUUGUCAUGGCCAAAAGUUCGUUCAAGCUUGAACACCCUUUGGAGAGGAGGCAGUCAGAAUCUUCUCGCAUCCGAGAGAAGUAUCCUGAUCGAAUUCCGGUGAUUGUUGAGAAGGCAGAGAAGAGUGAUGUCCCUGACAUCGAUAAGAAGAAAUACCUCGUCCCAGCUGAUUUGACUGUUGGCCAGUUUGUUUAUGUCGUGCGGAAAAGGAUCAAGCUCGGUGCUGAGAAGGCCAUCUUUGUCUUUGUCAAGAACACAUUGCCUCCGACAGCUGCUCUGAUGUCUGCAAUCUAUGAGGAAAAUAAGGAUGAAGAUGGAUUUCUCUACAUGACAUACAGUGGAGAAAAUACAUUUGGGUUCGUUGAGCUUGGAAAUUAAUAUCUCAAUUGUAAAUCUGACAUUUCCUUGAUUUCGUCAUGGACAGCUUACUGUAGUCGUUGGUUUGCAUUCCACACAUAAAAUCAAAUUUGUCGUCCUCUUUGGAAUAACCUUAUAAUUUACAUAUGACAACUCUUGAUCUCUUAUCUUAUAGUGCAUUUCAUCUAAUUAAGUUGAUCUUUCUAUGAUUAA